CGCCUAGUGCAGCCAAUGGGCUAGAGCCGUCCCUGUAUAGGACUUAUGGGGCCAAAAAACAGGCCACAGGUGUUGUAUACACUGUUGUUUUACUGACGUUUAAAAACCUGUAAUAUUGCUUUGUAAGCAAUACGGAGGGGCUAUAAGCAAUACAAAAACGAUUGAUAUUUGGACUCACGGUGGGAGUACAUGUGUAAAGAUAAAUUAAACUUAAAUUAGAACAGCAAGCUCGCUGCUUUUAGGAUUUUCAGUUCUGUGAGCAGCCAGAAGAUGGAGACAUGAACGCAGCAUUGUUUGGGCCUUCGAUCCGUUCGGUUCAUGGUGGAGUUUCUCUGCAGCUUUCAGUUCACACUUACGUACCCAACGGUCCUCUCCUGUGAGGAUUUUAUUUUGAAAGUUUUAGGACGGGUGGGCGGUCGCAUGUGUGCGCUUUGGCAUCUCCAGCCGUUGCGCUGUCGGCGCACAUCUGGAGAGCGGGUACGAGCUGAGUUUGGAUCGAAACUUGCUUCUCCAUCUCCCCGUGGUGAAUAAUAACUCUUGUAAUAAUAUGAGGUGUUCCGAUUCGGCCACGCGCUGACCUAUUGUCACCUGACGUGAAGUCGCGACCUCUUGGCCACGGGGGUGCCGGACUCAGCUUCCAGGAUCUGGCUGAAACAUCUGCGGCGCUCGUGCAUAAAGUGAAGUGACUGUGACGCCAAUCCCAGAUGACCCCCACCUCCCUGUCUACCCCGAUUGACCCCACGCGACCGACGUGUAUCGCAGAACCGACAACGGGACUCGAAGAUGGCAACCGUUUGUCCUCGUGCGUGAAAUGAAUGUGGAGGAAUCAAGGUUGAGCGGGAGCACCGGAGUCCAUCGCACGGGAAUGAGUUUCACGAAGCUCUCCACGGAGGAGUCGCGUUCUCUGCCGCCGAGAGCAGCUGGUUUACCCGCAGCUUCGCCGAGGAGACGCUUUGUCAAACUGGGAAGGAAGACAAGUGAUGGAUCUCUGCAAUCAGCUAUAUCCGCCGGCAGCUCCUCCACCAGCAGGUCGACGGAGGCCGUCAAACAGCCUGGCAGGAGCCGCAUCCAUCACCAAACCAACCGCUUCUCGGCCGUCUUCCACCACGACCCUUCCUCCAACUCGGGCUCCAUGGCACUGGCGGCAGGAAUCCGGGCCACGCUGUCCAUCCAAGCCAGGAAGCAGAGCAUGUUCCCUGUGGAUGCUUUGCAAGCGGACGACCCGUCUGAGCUGUCCAAUCAGAUAACGGCUCCAGGGAUCCUGAAGAUCUUUGGAAACGAGAUCUGUGAGGGAGCUCACUAUAAAAGUGUCCUGGCCACCACGCAUUCCAGCGCCAAGGAGCUCGUCAAAGAGGCCCUCGAACGGUAUGGCCUGAACAAGGAGGAGGCAGAGUCUUAUGUUUUGUGCGACACCAUUGGCUCCACCAGAGACCAUCGGUGGAGGACGGAAGGGUUCCGAGUCGUGAGCGACAACGAGAGGCCCCUCAUCCUGCAGUCGCUAUGGAAACCCAGAGAGGGUCUGGCAAGGCGGUUUGAAAUCCAAAGGAGGAGCUCAAUCGAGGAGAAGACUUCCACCGACAAAGACACAGUUACUGCGGGUAUCAACGCCCAGGCUCGAAAGCUACAGAAGAGCCGCUCCAGAGUGACCUCCACUCUCAUAGAGAAGACUUCGAAACGGGGCCACAAACUGUGGAGGAGCAAAAGCGAGAUGGACCUCUUAGAUUCCGACACAGGGACCAAACAGAAAAGCAGUUGUGAUGAAUGUGGCAAGGAUCGAAGCGAGAGUCUGAAUCAAACUUCGGCGCAGAGCUCCGAGAGGCUGGAACAGAAUUGCAUUCAGAGCCCAGCCGUCCCCUCUGAGGGGCACGGCGAGUCGCAGCCCAAAACAGAGGGCCUCUGUCCGCCGAAGCUGAGUGGCGAGCGGGAAGGAGAGGAGUCGGAGAGAGAGGAGACGGAGAGCAGCGACGAUAACACCACACAGUACUCCAUUCACCCUCCCCACGACUGUCCGUACCUGCUGUCGCUGCAGGGCUGCAGCCCGGCACAGGACUUUGUCAUCUACCUACUCGUGGGGCCAAACAUUGCAUUUGGUCGGCAAAGCGAUCAUGACGACGGCACAAAGCCGGACACCCUUCUCUUUGCCCCUGACAUCCUUCCUCGGCACUGCCAUUUCCAACGCCAUGUGGUCGGUGGCCCCACUGUGCUCCGGCCCUCUCCGAACGCCGUGCUCACCAGGAAUGGCGAAGCUCUGAAAAAAGAAGUGCAGCUUAAGCCGGGAGACAUCAUUGGUAUGGGACAGAGCUACCUGUUUCUGUUCAAGGAUCCCUUGGCCUCGGCAUACAAGGAAGAGGAUAAAGCUGCUCCUCAGUCCGGCGGGACUGCUGUCUCCUGGAUGCUGGGUCAAACCUCCUCUGCAACUGCAACGAGCCAUUUAAAAAAAACAGUGCUCUGCAACACUUGCAUCACAGGCUCCGUCGACCACCACAGCCCCCGAAGCAGACACCUCUCCUUUUUAAAAUCCCCUGAGUGCCACACCCCGACUCUGGUGUAUGAGAGCAAAGAUGAGGAGCGGGUUGUCAAAGAGAUAGUUGCUAUGGGGAGGACCAGCGAGCAAGACAGACCACCCCUGACUGUCGCAUUUUUGCUGUGCCUGUGCGUGCAAUAUUCUUCCACACAUCUUCACACCUCAGACCUGCGCAGGCUGCUGUUGCUCAUUGCAAACGGAGUUCAGACUGCCGUGUGGGAGGACACGAAGGGCUUAGCUGUGGUUCAACCUGAAAUCGGCGAAGGCUCAAACCCAGAGGACCUCCAGGCACUCGGCCAGCUCAAGGCGAUCUCAGGACUGCGCCCCCUGGCGGUGUGGAUGUCCAACAGUCUGGAGCUUCUGCAGUUCAUCCAGUGCCAGCUGCCUCUUAUUCUGGAGUGUAGAACCCGCAAAGAGAAGUACCAGGAAGAUGAUGAGGGAGGAACGGAAGAUGAGGAGAACAAGGGGAAGGAGAACUUGGCCCUGUUCGUGCUGCGUCUGUCCUCCGUCCGUACUGCCAGUGAGGAGACAAUGGCUGUCCUGGAGGAGGUCAUCAUGCUCGCCUUCCAGCAGUGUGUCUACUACAUCACCAAGGUACUCUACCCCGUCCUGCCGGCCCUUCUGGAUUCUAACCCGUUUAGGGAAAGUCCUGACCUGCUGGCCACUGCUGGAAUUGCUCAGGUCCCGGGUAGCGGCGGCCUCCAGGUGCCCGGUGAGAUCCAGCAUCUUGCGGACGUUCUGACCGAGACAUGGAGACUGCUGCAGGGCUGUCAGCUCCACCCAGAGAUUUCCUCACAGCUGGUCGGCUACCUCUUCUACUUCAUCAACGCAUCACUCUUCAACUUGCUCAUGGAGAGAGGAUCCGAGCCCGGUUUCUACCAGUGGGCCAGAGGCGUACGCAUGCGGGCUAAUCUUGACUUGCUCCUCGACUGGGCUCACGCAGCCGGACUGGGAGAACUGGCCUCAGAGCACACACACACGCUCUCGUCAGCUAUUAAUCUGCUGGCCACACCGAGAAAAAAUUUACUGCAGACCUCCUGGGUGUCCUUGCGGUCUGAAUAUCCUGCCUUGAGUCCGGCCCAGUUGAACCACUUACUGAGUCUUUACAGCCCAGCAUCUCCCAGUAUCUGCAGACACACCUGGACUCCAUCCGUUCAAGACCGUGCUGCAGCAAACCAAACUGCUGAUAUCCUGGAGAGUUUCGACACCCACCAUCCUCUGGUGCUGCCGGAUGAGGGUUACCAGUUCCUAAUGGGCAGACAGGUAACAGAUGCAUCUCUGAGGGAACAGCUGGACAAGCUCAAAGAGGACAUUGCCGUCUUUCCUGAGUUGCCAUCCGACAAGGUUGCAGCAACUGAGGAGGCAAAACUGGCGGCGAUAGAAGUCUUUCCAAAGGCUGGUCUGCGCACCGUAGACAGAUUGCCAGCUGAGACGAACUCGUCCACGGGUGUUGUCUGUGACUGGUCCCCUUCCACUACCUCUGGUGCCUUGCCUUCAUUGCCCUCACCGCCUUCCUCUCCCUCAUCCACCCAAAAUCCGGACCAGUUCACCUCCUGCAGUGAUCUGGAGCUAGAGGGCAGAAAGGCUGGCGAUGCCAACAGGUCUGCUCGGGACCUCUCGUGUCUGCUCACCCCGCCCAACAACGCCCACCUCAUAGAUCCGGUUGAGAAAUGGAUGAAGGGUGAUGGUGAAACACUUCCCUGGUCCUCCAGCGUGAACGCACACGAUGAAGGAGGAUUAGUAUUUGAAUGUCUCGCUGCACUGGAAGUAGACCGCUCCAAGUUAGACUCCCCCAGCAUUACAAGGUUUGUCGACUUGAAAGAGGAAGAGGAAGAGGAGGAAGAGGUGCAAGAGGCGGAGGGUGACGAUGACGAUGACACGAAUGAUGAGGUUUUUAGCCUGGAGCUGGAGCGAGGUGAACAAGGAAUUGGUCUUGCCCUGGUUGACACAAGGGACUCUUCCACGAGGGCAAAAGGCGUCUUUGUUCGUGCCGUGGUCCCGGACUCCCCAGCAGCCCGAUGCGCAAGGCUAGUGCCGGGAGACCGGAUCCUGGCCGUUAACGGAGUCAGUCUGCUGGGACUGGACUUCCUUAGUGGAAAGGAGCUGAUCCAGUCAUCGGGGGACAGGCUAAGGCUACUGGUGGCCCGAUCUGACUGGAUGGCCGCCGCUAUUCGAACCGAUUGCUGACGGCCUCUGUUUACCAAGACUGCCAAUGCACCAUGAGCACAAUUAAAGAUGACUUUAAGAGCCUCUUCAACCUUCAAGCUCAGGACAUGGAUAUGUGAUUGUGAAGAUCUUCUUUUGUGUUUUUAAUGCACUAUAAAAUGAGCUACUUCCUGGUUAAACUGAGCUCCAGGUUCUUAGCUGCUCCGUGGGGCCUAUUCAACUGGUUCAUUUACGUGCUGAUAUAGUGAAAGUAAGUAUUAAUGUGCAAUGUGUUUGGUGAGUUUGGGUUUAAAACAUCACAUUACAUGUCAUUUAGCUGAUUAGAACAUUACUGCUGCUAUUCAUGGUCCAGCCCUCAUUUUAGGCAGUAGAAGACUCCUCUGAUCAACUUAAUCGAGUUCUGGUCAAGUCCAAGACCAGAUCUAGCUUGCAGUUACAGAUGUGUUCAACACCAGCAUAUGUCAACAACAAGCACCAACUCACAUUGAAUAUUUUUCCAUUCUUCGAUCUAUUUUUUAUUUUUAUUUUAUCUUGAUGAAGUAAAUAGAUAUCUUAUGGUUAUUACUUGCUGUUGCUAAAUUAACCUUAAAAAUCAUAUUGUCAGUUUUCGUCAUGGUUGGCUCAUAAUUUACAGAGGAAGAGUACACCACGCUUCAAAGUUUAUUAUUUUUAAUUUCCUAUGGGGUCAUUUGUCUGUUGCUGUUGCUAUAAAUGUAAUAAUCCUCCGUUGGUGUGAUUUCAUUUCAGUCUCAAUGAAAACAAUGUUAAAGCUUUAAACAGCACAGUUCUACACAUUCAGAAUAUAGAACAUACGUUUAGCAGACGUUUUAUUGGUGGGGGAAAAGUUGAGACAGGAUAUUAUGUGACAUGAUCUAAUUCAAAAAGCUCCAGUCUGCUUCCUAUCGCUUAUACAUUGCAUUUUUCCCCAUGCGUAUACAGUCUUUACCUCCGGUUCUUGUAGAUAUUUGUGUCUGUGUGUUUUCAGAACUAUGGAAUUCCUCAAGGUUUCCCCGUGCCGACAAAAUGACCGCCCAAAAUAACCAGCCUGACCUUUAAAAGCUGAUUCCUUCCAUAAACCACAAAGUGCUUGAAUCUGUUUUGUUUGUAGGGAAUU